CGCUGGCUCUCCAUUUCAUUGCUCUCUCGUCCUCCUCCUACCUCUAAAUUUCGCCGCUAACCCUCUCUCCCUACACAAAUAUAACAUACAUAUUUUUAUAUACCUGUAUUUAUCGGCGCCGAUUUUCCUGCAGUUUUUGUUCACUCCUAUCUCCGGUGAUCGCUCUAAUCGUCAUUUUACACAGUGUCAAGUGAGCCAAUUGUAGUCGAAAUAUAGAUGCCUUUAGCAAAACUCAACACAACUGGAACUCUCAAUGCAAUUAAAUCAGAAGGGAAUGACUCCCUUGACACUUUCAUCGGACAAACUGCUACUGCGAAGGAACCUUUUCUCUCUUUUUCAAGGCCAGGGGAGAGUCCAGUGCAGUGGAUCCAGUUACUUCAUGCCUUAGAUCAGCCAGAUCUCCCAGGUUGGCCAUUGCUGACUCCUCUGAAAGUGCAGAUGCAGAAGUGUGAGAAGUGUUCCCGAGAAUUCUUUUCACUAAUUAACUACAGGAGACACAUUCGAGUGCAUCGUCGCUCUUUAAAUGUUGAUAAGGAAUCUCACAAAAAUAGGGAUUUAUUGGCUGCAUUUUGGGAUAAGCUCACACUGGAACAGGCUAAGGAGAUCGUAUCAUUAAAUGAUGUCUCAAUAAAGGAACUUCCUGGGUCAUCAGUCGUGAGGGCUUUGGCGACAUCCCUACGCAAACCAGGGAUUUGGACUCUUCCACAGGCUUAUGUGAAGGCUGGCUCUAAAUUAUUGGAUAUUAUCCAAGCAAAACCUUCCAGGCUGCCAAUAUCCUCAGAGGAACUGUUCGCCAUCCUUGAUGAUGCUAGUGAGAGAACAUUCUUAUGUGCUGGCACAGCUGAGUCCGUGCAAAAGUACAUUUUUGAGGGGGAAGCUGCAAAAAAUGGCCUUGAGUUGAGGAACUUAGUUGCUUGCACAAGCUUCCUUUUUGAAUAUCAGCUGGUGAAAGCAUGGGUUGCUGACAAAGAUGCAGAGGCUUUAAGAUGUCAGAAACUGCUUGUGGCGGAGGAAGAAGCUGCACAGAAAAGGCAAGCUGAACUGUUGAAGAGGAAAAAACUGAAAAAGCUUCGUCAGAAGGAACAAAGGGCGAGGGAGCAAUUGAACGAGCACAAGGCGGAGAUGAACAUAAAUAUAGAUGUGCUAGCGCAGCCACGUUCGGCUGAAGCAUCUGACCCUCUAUCUCCAUCUGAUUUCAGUCCAAAUUCUCCGAAUUUGCUGACAAACAUUGCCUUCUGCCCUGAACCCAUAAAGUUUUCUAGCAAAGAAAUAGGUGAAGAUAUUGAAGCUCAGAUUGAUUGCAGCAGUGAAUAUAUUGACCAGGACAAUUCCCUGACAAUUGAACCGCAGGUGAUAGUAGCAAAUGGCCAUCAGCAUUUACUGACCAAUAGUUGGCAGAUGCCGAAUUCUCAAAGGUGUGGACAAAAUGGCAUUCAUGUGUGUCAAAAUCUUCAAGCUUCAAAACCUGAACCUAUGCAAAAGCAUGGUCCUUCGAGAGACCGGGGGACUCUACUUGAUGGCAGCAAAAUUUGGACCAAGAAAUGUAAAGCAGAUAUUGAAGGGGAGAGCUGGAGACGCAGAGUGCUUAGAGAGUCCAGUAACCAAACACAAGAGAAUAGCCGUGAGGUGAUGAUCGGUUCUAUUUCCGUCUUGCUGAGAAAUUCCAUCACUCAGAAGCAGGAUGCUUAUCCGGAUAAAGCAUCUGAUGACAUGCUUAAGAAUGGUAUUUCCGAAAAGCCAAUUAAAUCCGAUGCCGUUCCGUUUGGCAUGAACCGAGUGAGUCGGCAUGAAACUAGAGGUCCGUUGCCAGUCCAAAGAGGCAACAUAGAUUUUGAAGACGAGCUCUUGUUGGAAAAGGUUUGUGAUCGAACUGUAUCCAGUGAAAAAUGUGUACAAUCAUGUUCCAUGGAGGACAAAGAUCAUGGUAAUAGUGGCAGGCGCAGCCAUGUGCUUUCAGAUGCUCAGACAGGAGCUUCAUUUUUCUCCAGUAUUGAUGCAAAAGAGUUUCUUGCGCAGAGAUGGAAAGAAGCUAUCUCAGCAGAACAUGUGAGAUUGGUCCUUACCUCGGAGCAUGAAUCUCCCAGCCGCCCUGAUGUUCAAGAUGACGAUUCAAUGAUGUCUCUGGGAUCAGAUGCUAAUGAGCUCGGCGUUCUUGGAAAUGCUGAGAAUUGGCCCUUUUCGUCAACCAGCGGAAAAGUUCAAGUUAAGUUUAGACCAAAGCCGGGCAAGAGUUUGAAAGUAAAGUACAUUCCAAAACAAAAAGCUGCUGCCUAGGUUAAGAGGGGAGUAGUAGGUAUCAUUGUACCCUGUUUGUGCAGUUUAAAGCUUUGCCAUUACAUUACACCCAUAGCAGAGGUUCCAGUUUUACGUGUGCACUUCUGUCCAAAAAUUGAAGGGAAUUUUUCGACAAGCAGAUUCUUUUUUUUUUCCUCCUGAAGGGGAAAUUACAUUAUAUUAUUGUCUACCCUUGAGCUGCUUGAGCAUUUUGGAAAGGGGGGGUUUCUUUUUCUUAUUAUAUAUCCCUGUAAUAAAUUGGUAUUGUACUGUUACUGCAGAUCUCUGUUUUGGUUUUUAUCAUACUCGAACGUUUUGCCAGAUUAUGUGUGAAUACAUGAUUCAAUCAAAGAUCACAUUUCUUACA